GCCACUGCAAUGGUUGGAUCACAAUUUGGCGAUGGCAGAGCCGGCGAAGAACGCCAGGAGGCCAUGCAAAGCUCAACCAGCCGGGCGCCACCUUGCUGCAGCAACAGUGCAAAUCAGCCGCCUUGGACGAGAGCUUCGCUGGCAAGAAGCCAUAGCAUGCUUGGAGGAAUUGGAGCGUUCAGAGGCAGAGCCAGACGCCAUUCUCAGAAAUGCUGUCAUGUCAGCUUGCGAAAAGGCCUCAAGGUGGAUUCAAGCGAUUCAACUCAUGGAUUUGGGCCGUCGGGCUGGAUACACUCCAGAUGCCUUUGCAUACACGUCCUGUAUCACUGGUUGCGGAAGGCCAAGCAGCCGGCCACACAGAACUCUGACUCGCAGAAGAUUCUCAUCCAGCAAAAAGAGGAAGCAUGGGCCAGUGCCAAGUGUCGUCACAUGCAAUGCUGCUCUUGGAGCUGUUGGCCGAGCCAAGCGAUGGGAUUUGUCCAUGAAGCUUCUCCGAAAGAUGUGUGGGCCUGACAGACAUGGGCUUCCAGCAGCGAAUGUGGUAACAUUCAACACAGCUGCAACAACAACGAUAGAAGCAGCAUGUUGGCCCAUAGCAGUGUGGCUGUGUGCCAUGCUUCAGAUGGAGGGUUUGCAGCCCGAUGAAGUGACGAAGAACAUCGAGAUCAGUGCUUGUCAAGCUGCCAGCAAUUGGAAGUUGGCUGUAGACCUCGCAUCCAGGAGUCCUGGAGUAGUUGCUGCAACAACUGCCAUUGAUGCCUGUGCCAGCAACAGUUGCUGGGAGUCAGCUUUGGCUUUGCUGUUCAGCGGCAUUGAGCCAAAUGUCAUGACCUUUGGUGCAGGGGCAAGAGCAUUUGCACGAGGUGCUCAGUGGCAGCAUGCCGUUUGCCUGCUUGAUGAAGCUGCCAAGUUUGAGGUGCAGUUGAAUGAGAUUGUUUGCUCCAGCAUAAUCAGUGCCUGCGAUGAAGGGCAGGAAUGGGAACAAGCCUUGGUGGUUUUGGCAGGCAUGAUACAGGCAGGCCCUCGACCCAACCUUGUGGCGUACAAUGCUGCAGUCAGUGCUUGUGCGCAUUCGCGCCACUGGAGGGCAGCUUUGGAAGUGUUCAGUGCACUGCAGCAUCAAUGCCAGCCCGAUUCUGUUUCCUUCACCACUGUUCUCACUGCUUACGAGUGUGCUUCGAAGUGGGCCGAGGCCUCCAACUGCUUUUCUUUCAUGGAGACCUUGGGCAUUUCAUCUGGCACAGCUGAGAGAACCAUUGUACUGGCAGCUGGCUCUGCAAGUCGCCGCUGGGAAGAGGCACUGCAUUGCGUUCAGCGACCAAUCAAUAUGCGUCACAGCCUCCCUACUUGUAAUGCCGCGAUUGCAGCGUGUGGACAGGGACACAGCUGGAGUUCUUCAGCCAGGUUCCUGGAGGAGCUGCAUCGACAAGGAGAAGCUGACGAAUUUACCAGGGGAGCCAUGGUGAAUAGUUGUGGGGUCUCUGAUGAAUGGCAGCUCUCCAUCCAUUUUUUGCAUCAAAAUCAUGGAAAUCAUGGGGCCCAAAAAAAAAGAGGGGCUGAUGCAGUGUCAGUCAAUGCAGCCAUCAGUGCAUGCGAAGGGCGAAAUACUUGGCAGUUGUCCAUUGAAAUGCUUGCAACACUCCCACAACAGAGACUGGACACAACAAUUCUGGCGGUGAAUUCUGGUAUCAGCGCGUUCUCUUGGAGCCGGCAAUGGGAAGAUGCUGUGGAACUUCUCAGCCGGUCCGUUCAUGGGAAGCUGGAUGCCACAGAGGUCACAUGGAACGCGUUGGCUGUAGUGGCCUACAAAAGUCUACAGUGGCAGUUCUGUUGCUGGCUACUGAACAAGAUGGUGGAAUGUCAACAGCCACCUGAUGUCCUGGCUUUAGAAGCAGCACUCGGAGCUUGCGAGCGCAGCGGCGUGGAACGGCAUGCAGCAGCUCUUUUGGAGGAUCUUGCCGUUGAAGCUGAAGCACUAUGUGGAUGAGAAAGAUCACCUCUGCUAUACGAAA